AUGCCUUCUUUCGCGGAUGACCACGAUGGCUUCGUGCUGCCCAACGCGCGCUUCAACCUGUCUGCACAGCCGCCGAGCGGCUCUGGCCUGCUUACACCCCCCGAGUCGCCCAAGUCGAGCAAAGCGACACUGCCGACGCCAAUUUCUACGCGAUGUUUUACUUCCACGCAGCAUCACGAACUGCCGCAGUAUCAUGAUUCGCCGCAGAGCUUUCGCUUUGGUCCUUCCGAGCCCGAGCCGCAGAGCGCGCAGCACGACUUGUCCCACGCAUCCGAGACCAUCUACACCAUCAUCGAGCAAGUCAUUGAACAGAAACUGGCUGAAGCUAUGGGACCCUUGAGACUCAACAUUCGGCGAUUCGAUUCCGAAAAUACUGACCUGGACUGCCAAGUCGGUCGCUUGGAGCAGCAAAUCAACGCGCAACUUCGCACUCUGCAAAAUAUCUCCGUUGCCACAUCCAACCACCUAGAGAUAAUCUCUGCGCUCGCCAACCAGCUUUCAAACACAACAAAUUCUAUGCAAAGGGCCAAUGGACUCUACGAUCAGCGCGUCCUCUCCAGACCCGCGUCAUCUGCUUCGCAUCAGCACGAACGACAUUCCAAUAUCCAGCCACAAUUUUGCUUCAAGUCUCGAAGUUCAAAAAAGCACCGGCAGUCGCAAAUAAAGUCAAGGAAGCCACGAUUGGUCAGCUACAUGAUGUCCAAAUGGAGGGCUGGAGGAGCCAGGGACUGA